AUGGGUAGAUAUAGUAUCAAAAGAUAUAAAACUAAAAGAAGAACGAAGGAUCUUGAUUUAAUUUUCGAUGAUUUAUCAUCUCAAGAAAAAAUUCAAAAGUUAAAGAACCAACCAAUUGAUGAAACUUUACCAGGUUUAGGACAAUAUUAUUGUAUUGAAUGUGCUAAAUAUUAUGAAAAUCAAUUAUCUUUGGAUAGACAUACAAAAUCUAAAGUUCAUAAAAGAAGAGCUAAACAAUUAAAAGUCAAACCUUAUACUAAUUUAGAAGCUGAAGCAGCUUCUGGUGUUAACAUGCUUAAAUUUAUGGAAAGUGUUGAAAAGUUUAAACAAUUGGAACAAUAUAAGAAAGAACAUCAUGAAGAAUUUAAUGAAUUAAUCAGUCAAAAGAAACCUGAAUUAGAUGUAAUUUUAGGUAUUAAAGAUGAUAAUGAAACUAAUGAUAAUGGUGAAAAUGUUGAUGCAAUGAUAGAUGAAUAG